AUGUCCCUUAAAGCCGAGCUGGAAACAUGGACACAGGCUCUGGAAGCCUAUGAUGCUUCUGACUUACCUCGAUCCCUCGAGAUCUUUACCACCAUCGCCGAGUCCUCCAAGGUACAUUUUAACAUUGGUCUCAUUCACGCUACCCAGGGGCAUCAUAUCCAGGCGAUCAGGGCUUUCAAGCAGGCGACAGAGCUCGAUAGGUUCUUUGCGGUCGCCUAUUUUCAGAGAGGGGUCAGCUUGUUCUUGACGGCAGAAUGGGAGAGGGCAAAGAUGCAGUUCGAGAUGGCUCUAUCGAAUAUGCGGGGGAAUGACAAGAUCGACUACACUCAACUCGGCCUUCCCUUCAACCUCUUCCUCCCAGAGAUCCACUUCAACCUAGCCUUAUGCCAUAUCAAGCUGAAAGACGUAACCAAGGGAAUGUACGAGCUCAGGAAGGCUAGUACGAGGAAGAUGACUCCGGCGCACGAGGUGAUCGAGGAAGCUAUCGAGAAGCGGGGUGAAGGCUUUACCGUGUUCAGCAUACCUGUCGGCGUCCUAUUCAGGCCAUCUGAAAACAAGCUGAAGAAUCUCGCACCAAAGGACUAUAAAGGGAAAGCUAAAUUGAUCGCCGUCUCUUCGACCGAGGACGAGUAUACGACGUUCACCGGUGUAACCCGUCUGGGCAGGAAACAGACCCCCUCGGAGAGCAAGGCGGUCAAGGACCUAGGGGAUCUGAUGGAUAGGCGAUUUUCACCUUCGUCGUCCAUCGGGAGCGGGGCUAGGGAGACUCUAUUGUCGCCGACGGGGAAUAGCCAGCCGGUUCCCGUGGUACCGGACAGCGGGAAGAGCAAGGGCGGGAUGUUCAUGAGGCGUUCGAAUACCCUCAGGGAGUAUAUACGCUCUCCUAGCUUCCUGAGUAAAGGAUCGAGCGGGUCAUCGGCGACCGAAGAUGCAGGCAAGGGGAAGGACAAGGACAGGAAGUACGCUCCUCCGAUCGACGGCGGUUCGAUCCCGAUCCCGCCUGUCCCGGUCAUCGGCAAUCGCUCUUACAAAGACGACUACAAAAGGCCUAACCAGGGCCAGUCCGAUCGGCCCAAUCCGACGGUCUUGAUGCAUAGUCUCGAGAACCUGCGGAUCCAGCAGCGAGAGAAGCCGGAUACCAGGUUAUCCCCAGCCUCUUCUCAAGACAGCCCGAUCGUGACGAUACCGGUAUUCUCACCUUACGAUCAUGGUGGACAUUCGCUCACCAAGAAACCGACCCUGCUCACCCCAGCGAGUGGAUCGGGUAACGACUUCAGGCGACAGCCUACGUUCCGACGAAGCCCAUUGAAUAGCUCGAGUUUCGAAGACGGCGAAUUGAUUGACGUGGAUAUGCAAUCGAUUCGAGUCAAGAUCCGCUAUAACGACGAUAUACGUGCCGUGGUCAUCUCAUCGCAGAUCGAUCUACGCGAAUUCAGGACAUUGCUAUGUGACAAGUUUGAAAUACCGGACCGGUUCAAAUUACGCUUUAGAGAUGAGGAAGGCGACCAGGUCAGCCUCAAGGACGACGGCGAUUGGGAUGCUGCUUUGGACUACGCUAGAGUCGCGGCCGCUGGACGGCCAGAGGGCAGACUCGAUGUAUGGUUAUUAUAG